AUGGGCGUGAUUACGGCCUACCGCGACAGCAGUGAUAUGGCGCACAACGCUCUCUCUCGAGGGUUGUACCGUUUCACUUACCUAGCCUCUUUCGUUGUGACCGCUAUUAGUUAUUACCAACGAGGUUUCAAAUCAUAAGGCACACGUCUACAGAUUCGUCGUUUACCACACGCCGCACGCCGUUACUCUUCAAAUUAACCGUUAUAGGUAAGAUGCAUAUUUGUUUAAUGUUUACUUAUUUAUUAGUAUUCAAAUGAGAAUGAUUUUUUUUACGUUUUUUGUGAAUGACAAUUUCUCAUUUGUGUAUUUAUUAAAAAUGGUAAAAAAUUCAGAAUAAUAUGUUAAAUUUAAAUUUAGCAAUAUAUUUAAAACACUGAAUUAUUUGUUAUAUUUUUAUUUUUUAGAAAUUCAUAUAACAAUGAGAGGUAUAAUAUUCUUCGUCAUGACGAUUUGUAUAGUGAACAACUACUGCGAUUGUGUGAAGACAAUUUCCUGGGAAGCAUCCAUUGGAAUAAAAGAUGGCGAUAAACUUGCCAAGGACUGUGAAAAACCGAUGAAUGAGUAUUGUUCUAAUCAGGGUAACAUUAAUAUUGUGAUAAUAAUCAAACUAUAUCAAUUUUAAAAUGUAUGGGUUGAAUAAAAAUAUUUUAGAUACCUUGAUUAAUGAUCUAAUGUCUAAAAUUUAACUAAAAGAUACGUAUAAUAAUUAAUAAAAAACAAAAACCAUAAUUUAUUACUUUAUAAAUUAUAUUAAUUUUAUAAGAAUUUUCAUUAAAACGGAAAAAAAUACUAGCGUAUUCUAUCAAUUACUAACAUUGAUUUUUUUUGCUAAUUUAUUUUUAAAUAAAAAUCAUCUCGUCUUUCAGUGAUAAAAGUUAAAUGGUUUUAAAAUAGUAUCUUACAAGUUCUUCCCUUUACAAUUAUUAAUUAUGAAACUUUAAUAUUGAUUAGUAUUUUAGAAUAAAUCAUCUAAUGAAAUUAAUAUCAUAAUUUAAUAUUGCGUGUAAAAAGAAUAUAACAAGUAAUACCUAUGCAUGUAACAGUUCAUAGUUACUAAAAACAAUGAAUAUUUGUUGGUGUAUAGUUUUUUAGUUUUUCAUAAAUUGUUGACUAAACUAAAUUUUAAAAAAAAUACAGUCAUAAUUCGCACCACUGUUUUAGGUGAGAAGUUGGGGAGGUAAGAUAUAAAGGGGAAUGCAAUUUAUAUUUGUAAGUAAUGAUUAAACAUAAUUAACCAAAAACAACUAUUAUUUAAAACAACUUGGCUCAACUCAGUACCUGAAAUACUAUAAUCUAUGUUAUUAAUACUAUUUUAUAUGACUGUUCAUUAACAGCAUUUUAUUGGUUUUGUUUUAGUCGAGGAAGCUUUCCAACAUGUUUUGUCUGUGUGCCCAACGUACAAUAACAUAAAAAACUGUUCACAUGAUUGCGUAAAAGCAUUUUUUGUGUUUCACUGUAAUUGGCUCGAAGCGUAAGUAAAAGAACUUCCUUUAUUAUUUUAUUUUUAGUCAUUCAAGAGGAUAGGAGAUGCCUUAUCGGCCCUAACUGCAUUUUUUGUCUCAUUUUAUCUAUCGAACAACAAAGUAAAAUUGCGUUACUUAGAAAUUAAAUUGUUACACUCAAGUUUCAAUAAAACUACCCACUUAAAUUAAAUAAUAUAAUUUAAAGAGAAGAUUAUUUUCAAGGGCUUUAAGUUCCUUUUUUUAAAAAUAUUUUAAGACAUAAAUGUUACAAAUAUUUUAAAAAUUUAAAAAUUAACAUGGCUGCAACCUAAUUUUGUUUUGUAAUAUUAAAAAAAAAAAAAAAAUAGUAACAUAUUAUUCUCAAAAAAUAUUCUACUCACUUAAAUUGUGUUAUUUGUAUUUCAAUUCUAAUUUCAUUUUAGACUGCAUGAUUUUUGUUCUUUGUCACAUAAUUUUGAUAUGUUUUUCAAUAGCUAUUAUUUUCAAUAUUAUUAUAUUCAAAAAUAACGUCUAUUGAAUAUAUAAAUUACUAUUUCAAUACAUAAUUUCAUAAAGGAUUUAACCAUAAUAAUUUUCAGGCAAGAAAUUAAGAGGAGAACCAAAUUCUGGCAGGAUAUAUAUGACUCUAUGUUAUUGAUUCCAUGGAUUCGAUAG